CCAAACAGGAGGAUGGGGGCCUUUUAAAAAUUUUUAAAAGGUGUGGCCAAGUAUUUUAAUCCAAUCUGGCCACCAAUUUUUCAGUUUAAAGUCGGCGCUUACUUUAUGUUGACAGUUUCUUAAGAUUAGUAAGAAAUACACAGAAAGUGUGUCUUAUUUGACAAAGAAAUGUGUGAAGAAAUGCAAGUCCACCACGGGCCACCAUAGAUAGGCAACCUCCACACAGUUCUAAUUGGGCAACGAACUUAGUUGGGAUAAUAAGCAUGCACGUUGGGGGCAGUAUUCUUGCUAAACACGCUGAAAGUGUGACAACAACCGCGAUACUCGGAUAGAAUCCACAAUUUGUAACUGAUUUCAAGCUUGAAAUGCUUAAUUUUGGAGGGUUUGUGCAACGUUUAUGAGUUUACGUUCAACCAUGGAUGCCGAUAGCAGCCGGCGGUCCAUUGCAUCGCAAUACUUUAUGGAUGAGGAGUCUUCGUCAUUAGCCGAGGGAAUCAAUGUCUCAGAUCGAGUGAUUGAGUUGAUAAAUCAGGCGCAUUUGAUGACAAAAGAUGCUCAGAAGAUCGCUCAUCUCAAACAUGUACAAGAGCUGAUUGUACACAAGGAUCCUACUCUCUUGGAUAAUUUCCUUGAUGAAGUUCUACAGUUCCAACUUGAUAAAUCAGCUGAUGUCAGAAAGUUUGUUAUUGGAUUUAUAGAAGAGGCAUGCAAGAAGGACAACGAUAUGUUAUGCAGUGUGGUUCCACAUCUGAACUCUAUGUUGGGAGAUUCGGCGCAGUAUGUUGCAGUUAUAAAGAAGAUUAUCUUGUGCAGUAUGCAACUGUAUAAGGUUGCUAUGAAGUGGUUGGUGAAUGCCAGGACGUUUGGCGAGGAGAUGGAGGCUGUCUGGGAUCUCAUCCAAGAAAUCAAAGGGAAGGUCUUCAUCAUGUUGGAUUCUGAGAAUGAUGGAAUAAGAACCCAUUCUGUCAAGUACAUGGAGUCACUAGUGUUGGUGGAGUCGGCCAGAGUCCCAGCCUCUGAGUUACCAAAGAAAGUAGAAGCAGAUAUCUCUUUAGAUCAGAUUCCGGACGAUCAUGGUCUACUAAAGCGUGAUGAGCUUGAGAAAGAUGGCCUAGUUGGAUUUGAUUUACUGCUGAGUCUUCUUGCUUCUCCAAGUAUUACCAGCGUCAACUUGAUGGCCUGUAUGGGCUCUCUUACUUCCAUUGCUAAGCAACGGCCACAGUUCAUGCCGAGAGUGAUUCAAGCAUUUGAGACACUUCAUGUCAAUUUACCACCAACGCUGGCUAAAUCACAAGUCAGCAGUGUUCGGAAACAUUUAAAGAUGCAACUGUUGACAGUGCUGCAUCACCCAUCUUCAUUUACUCUACAUUCCAAUAUCUCAACGUUGCUGACAGACUUAGGAGCGUCGGAUUCAGAGAUUGCGAAACACAUGCCAAAGAUACGGGAGAGCUCCAAGCGCCCUCGACCCACAGAUGAUGAAGCAACUGCAAGUUCUAGCAAGAAAACAAAAACUACUAUCGUCAAGACUAUCCAGCAAGUCAUGGACGAAGAUGAAAUGGGACGAGAGACUCCACUCCAUCCAUCCAUGCUCCCUUCAAUACCGAGUACCAGUAAAGCCGGUGUCCAGGCAGCCACUAAGAUCUCCGUUGUAGAUGUACUGGCCGAGGAGCUGACGCCAUUGCUGCAGAACGUCGAGAAUAUUGCUAACCUUGUUCUCAUAAGCAUGGUAACGCUCCCAGAGAACAUGCCACCCCAGUUCCAGGCUACCUACACCCCCAUUGCGGCCGCUGGAACAGACAGCCAGAUAGGCCACUUGGCACGCAUGCUGAGCAGUCAGAUUGCUGCUGCGGGAAUCAAACCAAGCAAUUUCAAUGAGGAGGACGCUGAUGCUGCGGACAAAGAAAACAAGAGCAAGAACCAGAAGCCGACUGGUAUCCCAGUGCUAGGAGUGACGGAAGAGGAAGGUCGGAAGAAGCCAGGUCUUCCUUUCCAAGCUCCUCAAGGCGUUCCUAAACCCAGGGCUAGAAUGAAGCAGUUCAAGUUGAAUGAUGUCACAGUGCCCCUGGAACCCAUAGUGGCCAAUCAGUUGGUCAGCGGAGCACUCUCAAGAAUUAUAGACUGUGAAAAGCUGUGUCUGCAGGGAGGUGCACCCCAGGCUAGGAUCAAGAUUCUUGUGGGCCUUGUCACUCAGUUUGGUGGUGAUCUCUUUCCAAUGCUUAAGACCCACGUUCUUGAGGACCUUCGAGCCCACUCUGAGCUUGCCUUUGCUUGGCUGUAUCAAGAGUACUCCAACUACCAGGGUUACAUGCCACGCUUCCUGGAACAAGAAGUCACUAUGAAUCGAUAUGACAAGCUUCUAUGCGCCAUGUUAAUGACGCUGCUGGAGAGACCGGACCAGCGAGAUGGGUUGUUCACUCGCCUAGUAAUGGAAGCUCCAUUAAUUACAGAGAGAGCCCUGAAAGUCAUUCGAAAGUUUUGUGAAGAUGAGACGCAUUUUUUCACCGGUAUGCACGCUCUGCGUGAGCUGAUACUGAAGCGACCUGCGGAUAUUAAGCGCUACUUGAUGGAGCUUCUUGACUUGACCUUUCAUGAGCGCACCGAGGUCAGGUCACAGGCCACACAGUACGUCAAAAGACUGUAUGAGAGACAGGAUCUCAAGGAAACCAUUGAGAGCUUUGCCAGUAAAUGUCUGCAACUCCUACUGACUGAGUUACCGAGUGCAGCCCUUGUCAAACGUACCUCUGAGAACCCCGAGUCAGAGGAAGUAGGCACUGCCUGGGCUGAGCCAUCCAUCAAGCUAUGUCUGUAUCUCUACCUAGCCCUGUUGCCUAGCAAUCAUAAACUUAUCCAUGGGCUUGCUACAGUGUAUGUUAGCACCUCAGCUCUUAUCAAGAGAACAGUGCUUCGAGUUCUUGAAGCCCCGGUACGAGGGAUGGGUAUGUCAUCCCCAGAGCUCCUUCUCCUGGUUGAGAAUUGCCCCAAAGGAGCGGAAACACUCGUCACUAGAAUGCUUCAUAUUCUCACAGAUAAAGCCCCACCGUCUCAGGAUCUUGUGAAGCGAGUCCGAGAUCUCUACCUCAAGAGAGUGUCUGACGUCCGCUUCCUCAUCCCAGUCCUAAUUGGAUUAGAAAAGAAAGAGGUGAUAGCUGCCCUGCCUAAGUUGAUCAAACUGAACCCCAUCGUAGUGAAGGAGGUAUUCCAUCGUCUACUGAUGAGCCACCAGGGGGAUAACAGUGCCGGUCAGAGCCCACUGACACCAGCCGAACUUCUCAUUGCGCUGCACAACAUUGAUACAGCCAAGUGUGAUAUUAAAUCCAUCAUUAAAGCCACCAGCUUGUGUUUCAAUGAGAAGGCCAUCUACACCCAGGAGGUCCUAGCUGUGGUCAUGCAGCAACUGAUGGAACAGACCACCAUUCCAACUCUACUGAUGCGGACAGUCAUUCAAUCCCUGGGUAUGUACCCGAGGUUAAGUGGCUUCGUCAUGAACAUCCUACAACGACUCAUCGUCAAACAGGUCUGGAAAUUCCCCAAGGUGUGGGAAGGAUUCGUCAAAUGUUGCGAGCGCACAAAACCGCAGUCUUUCCAGGUGCUUCUACAGCUCUCUGUGGAACAGCUCAAGAAUGUAUUUGAGAUGAGUCCAGACAUGAGGAUACCAAUGUUACAACAUGUCCAAACCUUCACUCCACAUCAGCAAAAGCAUAUUCCACUCCCGAUCAUGACCGUCUUGGAAACAGAUCCUUUUGCAGAGAAAAAGCAGAAGGAAGAGGAUGAAAAGAACAAGCGGGAGGAUGAAAUAAAAGCCAAGAAGGAGAAAGAGGCAAAAGACAAGGAGCAGGCACGACUUUACCAACAGAAGCUGAAGGAAGAGAGGAUGAAGCAGGAGAAACUAAAACGGGAAGAGGCAGAGAAAGCCGCCAAGGAAAGAGCGGAGAAAAUGAGAGCACAAAAGGAGGUCGCCGCGAAGGCUGCUGAGAAAGUAGCGUUGGAAGCCAAAGCGAAGAAAGAAGCUGAAGAGCAGAAGAAAAAGGAAGAGGCGGAUAAAAUUGCCCAGGAGUGGAAAGAGAAGCAGAAGAUCUGGCAGGAAGCAAAAAUGAAGGCUGCGAGAGAGGCAGGACAGAGAGCUGCCGAGGAGGCAAAAAAGAAGCGAGAGCAGAGAGCGGCAGCGAUGAAGGCUGCUCAGGAAGAGAAGGAGAAGAAAAACCAGUUGGAGCAGGAAAAGUCCAAGAAACUAGAAGAACAGCGUAAGGAGGAGCUUGAAAAGAAAAGGAAAGAGGAAGAUGCGAAGAAACUGGAAGACAAGAAACAGGAAGAAAAGAAACAGGAAGAAAAGAAACAGGAAGAAAAGAAACAGGAAGAAAAGAAACAGGAAGAAAAGAAACAGGAAGAAGCUUUGAAGAAAGCGAUGGAAGAACGGAAACAAAAGGAGGAGCAGGUAAAGAAGGCAGAGGAGGAAAAGAAACGAGCAGAUGAGUUGAGGAAACAAGAGCAGGAAAGGAAAAAACAAGAAGAGUUAAAAAACAAAGAAGAGCAAGAACUAAAGAAAAAAGAGGCAGAGGCAGUCAAGGAGGAGGAGGACAUGCAGCAAGAAAGUCCAGAAGGGGAUGAACCGACAGUUGAAGAAGACGAAGAUCAAGCUUCAGAAGAUGAGGAAGAUGACAAAGAAGAAGAAAUGGAUGAAGGUCAGUCGUCUGAUCUGUUAGGAGCAGCCGAUUCUGAGAGCAUGGAUACUGAAGAUGGAACGCCAAGUGAGAUGCAGGCACAGAUUGGAAGGGGUAGAGGGAGGGGUGGGCGUGGACGAGGGAGGGGCGCCAAGAAAUUACAGUCGCCCGCACCAGCUCCUGGAACUAGGAAAAGCACAAGACUUAAGAAGUAACAUUUGAAGCAGGAUAUGUUGAAAGGCAGUUUUCUCGCAUAAAGAGCUACAUCUUUUGUAUAUCUUCAAACAUCAAUUGCUCUCUUUCUCUUCAGAGAAUAUGUUUUGACAUAGCUGUAGCAGACUUUCAUGGUUUGUGAUACAGAACCAUCAUUUUGUAUAUUUUAUUCAGUCUUGUGAUGAAGCUUGGCUGCUUCACAGGGUAUGGUUUAAUCCUGGAAGGCGUCGUGUUGACCUUAAACUUCUUACCUUUGGUAUUUCAACUUCUGCUUCAAUCCUGGAAAUAUUGUAUUUUUCUAGCCGAGAUACUCUCAUGACUUUGUGCUAAACCAUCCAAGUCUAUAGUCGAAAGUCUAUCAGAGCCAAAUUAUGUUGUCAGAAAUUGAAACUGCAGAAAUUGAAGACUAGUUAACUGCUUUUGUGGCAAUGGCUCCAUUUAAAUGGGGCAGUAGUCGGAAGCCAGCAAUAUUGCUCUGCAACGCUCAUUGACUUGUCUACAAGUCUAAACUUAUUCAGGAAUAUAAACUUUUAUUUUAACAUAGAAUUAGUGUUUUCCUUCAUGGUACAAUAAGAUGAAAGUUUAUGCGCCUUAAAAUUUGUCAUGCGCCCUAGGUAUGAGAUGAACUGUUUUUGUUUUUGUUUAUUGUCGACAAUAAAUAUUGGAUGUACAUAACAAUGAUAUUUUA